AACGGGAAGCGCCAAGAUUAGGGCGGCGUAGGGUAAAUGGUCUAAAACCCUAGAAGAGGCGAGAAGCGCGAGAGAGCGAGAGGGGCGAGCUAAACGGCGCCAUGGCGGAUGACGACAGCAAGGACAUUGCCACAGAGAUUGGACCCUUUGAUCCCACCAAGAAGAAGAAGAAGAAGAAGGUCCGGAUGGCGGAGGACGAGGAUGGCGAUGGCGUGGAGAAGCUAACGGAGAAGGUUGAGAGUCUCUCAAUGUCUGUGUCUUCUUCUGUGGAUAACUCCGCUGAGACUGUCUUUGCCGGGAAGAAGAAGAAGAAGAAAAAGAAGCCUGUGGAAGCUGAUGUCGCGGAAGAGGAAAACUUGGAUGCUGCCGAGACUAAUGGACUCGAAGAAGGCAAAGACAAGGAUCUUUUAGGCCAAGUAGAAAAUGGCAUGAGGCCACAUGCCAUUCAGUAGCAACAUUGGCAUGCACUGA